GCAUCAACUAAUCUGCAUCAACUACCAACCAUACUGAGAACAACCUGUCCUUAGCUUAUUUCAGGAACAGUUAAACCGAUGCAAAUGAGUGAGCCAUAAACAAGCAUUAGCCUUGGUGUUGAAAGGACUCAAUCCUUGGUCUCUUCCAUCUCUAUAAAUAGAUGCCCUUCUGCAAACUGAAACUAAUUCAGUCUUUCUUGUCUACAUCUCUUCUCCUCAUUCCCACUUCAUUGCCAGGUUGACCAUGCUGAGAGCACAAAUGAGCUUGGCUGUUACAGCCUUGUUCAUCCAACUGGGCAUGGCAGCAAAUUACACGGUUGGAGGUCCAAAUGGUGGAUGGGAUACCAGCAGUAACCUGCAAACCUGGGCAUCUGCACAAACAUUUAUAGUUGGAGAUAACUUGAUUUUUCAGUUCACACCGAAUCAUGAUGUGCUUGAAGUUUCAAAAGCAGACUAUGACAGCUGCUCAACAAAUAAUCCCACUCAAACUUACAGCAGCAGCCCUGCAGUCAUACCUCUCUCAUCCCCAGGGAAGAGAUGCUUCAUCUGUGGAAUGGCAGGACAUUGUAGCCAAGGAAUGAAGAUCGAACUAGACACUCUUGCAUCAUCUUCCCCACCAUCAGCUUCACCAUCAUCUCCUCCAACUUCAUCACCUGCUUCCCCUGUCACUCCUCCAACUUCAUCACCUGCUUCCCCAGUCACUCCUCCAAUUUCAUCACCUGCUUCACCUGUCACUGCUCCCACUUCCUCUCCACCUUUAGAGACUCCUCCACCACCAAAAUCUACUCCAACAAUAUCUCCUUCAUCACCAUCCACAACACCUACGAGUAGCCCUGCACCAUCCUCUGAUGUUCCUUCUGCUGAACCUCCAACAAGCUCCCCAUCACCAUCCCCUUCAUCAGCUCACAAAGGCAGUUUUGAAGGCAGUCUCAUAAUGGGGUUCAGUUUAAUGAUGACAAUUCUUCUGGCCCUCUAAGCAUUUGAAGUUUCUUGUGGGAAUUUGAUUAAUAUUUGUUUAAGAUUGUUUCUUUUCCGAUUUGAUGCUGCCCAGAGCAUUUGAGAAACAGAUUAUUUACAAUAGUAUUCAUCAUUACCAAUAAAGCAUCCGAUGCAAUGUUAUCCAAGGUCAAAAUUUAAUCAAAACCAGCAA